AUGAGGAAAAUAAACUCGUUUAUUACCACUUCAUAAAUGCUUAUUAAAAGUAACGGUGGUUUCUUCUGGAUUCUAAGUGGUUAAAUAAACAAAGUUUUGAAAAUCUUCCAAUAUGUAAAUGAGGAAGCAAAAAAUUGUCAGCGUGACAACGAUCAAUUUGAAUUAGUAUUUAAAUAUUGUUUAAUUAAAAUGUCUGAAAGUGCAGGAAAUUGGUGUUUAAUUGAGAGUGACCCAGGAGUUUUCACGGAAUUGAUACGAGAAUUCGGUGUAAAAGGAGCACAAGUAGAAGAAUUGUGGAGUUUAGAUGGAGAACAAUUUGAAAAUUUAAAGCCGAUUCAUGGUCUUAUAUUUCUAUUUAAAUGGGCAAAGGAUGAAGAACCCAGUGGCCCCAUUGUACAGGAUAGUAGAUUAGACAAGCUAUUCUUUGCAAGACAAGUAAUAGAGAAUGCAUGUGCCACUCAAGCUAUUUUAAGUGUUUUAUUAAAUUGUCGACAUCCAGAUAUAAAAUUAGGUUCAACUCUAUCAGAAUUGCGAGAAUUUUGUCAAGGAUUUGAUGCUAAUAUGAAAGGUCUUACUAUCAGUAAUUCUCCUGUAAUUCGUUCAGUUCAUAAUUCAUUUGCAAGACAAAAUUUGUUUGAAUUUGAUAAUUCACUGGCAAGCAAAAGUGAAGAUGUGUACCACUUUAUUGGUUAUAUACCUUUUGAGGGAAGAUUGUAUGAGUUGGAUGGGUUAAAAAGCGGCCCAAUUGACUUGGGUCCUAUUCCUGUUAAUGCUGAGUGGACAGACAUAGUAAGGCCAAUAAUAGAAAAAAGAAUUCAAAAAUAUAGUGAAGGAGAA